UUAGAAACCGAAACACAGGUUGAGGAGUAACGUUCGAUGUGCCGUUGCCGCUGAGGCAGUCGACGUCCGUAUCCCCGGCUGUUCCACGUAGCGCAUCGACGUGACAUCGUGCCUGGCGUGAUGACCUCCAAGGGCAACAUCUUCGUGACUGGAGGUGCCGGAUACGUCGGUAGCCACACCGUCCUAGAGUUGCUCAACGCCGGUUACGAUGUCGUCGUCAUGGACAAUUACCACAACGCUCAUCCGGAUAAGGAAGGUAAAAUGCCCGAGAGUUUACGGAGGGUUCAGGAGCUGACCGGAAAGACGGUGACAUUCUACAAAGCGGAUUUGAAGGACCAGGCUUCCAUAGACGACAUCUUUAAGAAGCAUCACUUCGACUGUGUGAUCCACUUUGCGGCGCUCAAGGCUGUUGGCGAGUCGUGGCAGAUUCCGCUUGACUACUACCGCACCAACCUAGGCGGAACUGUGAACCUUCUUGACGUGAUGAGGAGCCAUGGCGUCAAGAAGAUCAUAUUUUCCAGCUCGUGCACGGUGUACGGCGUGCCCAAGUACCUGCCCAUCGACGAGAACCACCCGACGGGUCAGUCCUGCACCAACCCUUACGGGCGCACAAAGUACUUCAUUGAGGAAAUGCUCAAGGAUCUCAGUGCCUCCGAGGAGGGCUGGUCGAUAGUGCUGCUCAGGUACUUCAACCCAGUGGGCGCCCACGAGUCUGGCUACAUUGGUGAGGACCCCCAGGGCAUACCCAACAACCUCAUGCCUUACGUGUCACAAGUGGCCAUUGGCCGUCGUUCGGAGCUGUCUGUCUUUGGCAACGACUUCAACACACGCGACGGCACAGGGGUCCGGGACUAUGUCCAUGUGGUCGACCUUGCGAAAGGUCACGUGGCAACCCUGGACAAGGUUAUGGCUGGGAAGAUCCAGGGAUGCAAGCCCUUCAACUUGGGCACAGGUCAGGGUUCUUCGGUGCUGGAGGUGAUAGCAGCGUUUGAGCAGGCGUCCGGCGUGAAGAUUCCAUACAAGAUAGUCGAUCGUAGGCAGGGUGACGUCGACGAGCUGUACGCAAUUCCCAACCUGGCCGAGGAGGAGCUCGGCUGGAAAGCAGAGAAGUCUCUCUACGACAUGUGCAAGGAUAUGUGGAACUGGCAAAAGAAGAACCCGAACGGUUUUCUAGAAACGGCAAACUAGCUGGCGGGUGGACGGCAUCGUGUGUGCCUUGUACUUUGACCAUUUACAUUUUUUUGUUGUCCUCUUCUCAGUUUAUAACUUUUUUACUAGUUGUUAUUCUCAGUUUGGAUCUUGAGCAUAGAGUCAGGGUUGUGCCGUGACCUUUCGUUGACAGACCUCGAGAAAAGGUCACGAGAGAAAAAAAAUUCAACCGAAAGAACACUAGUCGCAUCUCAAGAAAAGAGCAUUUUUUGCUGGUUGUGUCACUGUCUGCUAUGGGUGGACCACGUUGCACGGAACUUUGAGCUUUUCUCCUUUGUUUGUAGUUGUUGCUUUUUGUUCUAAACACUGAGCCCAAAUGAUUCUCCGGUUUCUUGUACCUAGUCAGAGCGUAUCAAGUUGCCCGUCUAGUCUCUUUAUUGUGCCAAAGACUACAACGUUGGCGACGCAGCUUGACGUUCACCGUUAGUCAUAUCAACGUUUAAUGAUAACUAAAAGAGGACCGCUUCAAAACUAUUUUUUAAAUAUUUUUGUCACCCUGCAUGUUAAUGGUCGCCAUCGAUGGUAACUGGAGGAUUGUUCAAGAAAUUGUUCUUGCCAAAUUAUUUUCUUAUGUUCGAAAUCCACAUCAGCAUUUGAUGUCAGUCUUGUUUUUUGUUACCGUUUCUGUUAACUCAAGAAAGCAGGUGUAGUAUUUAAUUUAAUGGUGGCUGUGACAAGAAACAAAUAACCGACAGAGGUGUUGUAAAACAAAGCAUAUUCAUGUCCUUUGAUAAAAAAUUACCAUGUUGCAAAGUGAUGAUGGUGUUUAACGUGAAUGAUCUCUUGAACAGUCUACUAAAGACGCUGAGCAUCACUGUAACACCGCGUUUGCAGUCACCAUCGUCUCAAUGCAUGGCAACGAUAACUGCAAAAAAAACCACCGCAUCAGAAUUUGUCAUCUUUGCUUUCCUGAAAAAUGUUCUGGUUCACUGUUAAUAGUCAUAUGGGAGAAUUUCCGAAGAAAUCAUUCUUGUUAUGGGCGGAUAUUAUGCUAAACAGUGUCUGUGUUCUACGACAGCUGUUUACAAAAGUGGCAUUAUUGUGCUUUGUCGUUUGAACGCAUGAACGUAAAGCUUUUCUCAGUUGUCAUCCUCGCAAUUUUGUAGCAAACCCCCCUCCCCGUUACCUUCCUGCAUGUACGACAUGUAUACAAAGGCAAAAAGUACUAUUUUACGCACUGUUAUGUUUUACAUAUUUCUCGUGCCUCUUUAUACAUAGCCUGGAACAGUUCCUUUCUUUUGUGUCAAACCAUUUCCUCUGGAGCGAGCCUUAAUGAUUUUCAAAGUCUCUUUUUGUCUACAGAGUAUUUUAUAGAUCACUUCAGAGAAAUUUCCUAUAAAUUUUUUCUCUUUUGUAAUAAAAUAUUUUUUUACUUGUGAAACA